AUGGGAGACGCUGGAGACACCAUGGCUACGAAGCCAGUAUUGUUCUUCGACAUCGACAACUGUCUAUACCCGAGGAGUACCAGGGUCUUCGAGCUCAUGGCUGAUCUGAUCGACAAGUACUUCUCGACUCAUCUCGGGUUAGCUCAUGAAGACGCUGUGAGACUGCACCGGGAAUACUACACCAACUACGGCCUGGCCAUAGAAGGACUAGUUCGACACCACGAGAUCGAUCCACUCGACUACAACGCCAAGGUGGACGACGCGCUUCCACUCGAAGACAUCAUCAAGCCAGAUGCCGAGCUGCGUCAACUCCUCGAGUUUAUUGAUAGGAGCAAAGUCCGGGUAUGGCUCCUGACGAACGCUUACGUGACACAUGGAAAGCGUGUUGUCAAGCUGCUGGGCGUAGAUGACCAAUUCGAGGGUCUGACCUUUUGCGACUAUGCUCAGGUGCCGUUCCUGUGCAAACCUCAGCGUGGCAUGUAUGACAAGGCCAUGAAGGAAGCAGGGGUACAAAGCUAUGAGAAUUGCUACUUUGUCGAUGACUCGUAUCAGAACUGCGUUGCGGCGAAAGACGUUGGGUGGAACGUCGCCCACCUCGUGGAGGAGGGAUUGCCGCUUCCUGAGAAGCAGGCAUCACAGCACCAGAUCCGACACUUGCGCGAAUUGCGCGACGUAUUUCCACAGUUCUUCAAGGCAACUUGA